AUGAGUUUGGAUGGCCAGACUUUUCCUUUUAUUGUCUCCCUCCGAAGGGCCAAGAUUGGUACUUGGUAGCAUAGCCUGGAACAUGAUCACUUUGCUAUCCCUUGAGGCCUCCCCAUUUUCUUCUGCACUUUCUUUCGCUCUCACAAACAAAUUUCCUAACACAACACAAACGAGAGAGAGAUUGAGAACCCUCAUUGGAAAAAUUGGAGGUAAAAAAUGAGCUUGGGCAACAAUAAGAAAGUGUUAGUAGUGGGAGGAACAGGGUACUUGGGCCAACAUCUACUACAUGGGUUUUCAGAGAAUCAAGAAAAAUGCAGUCUUGCCUUAGCAUUCACUCAUCAUAGUGCCCCUCCUCCUCAACCAUUGCUCCAAGCCAUUCCUCAAGCUCUUCCUUUUCAAGUUGAUCUGAGAACUGGUGAUGGGUUUGAUUCUAUCUCGGAAAAGUUCGGGCAGCCAGAUGUUGUGGUUAAUUGUGCUGCAAUGUCUGUUCCUCGUGCCUGUGAGAUUGAUCCUACUGCUGCUAUGUCGAUAAAUGUACCUUCUGUUCUUGUUAAUUGGAUUUCAAGCUUUGGCAAUGGCAAGGUUCUUCUCAUUCAUUUAUCAACUGAUCAGGUUUAUGAAGGAACAAAAUCUUUCUAUAAGGAAGAGGAUGAAGUUGUUCCUGUGAAUGUUUAUGGAAAAUCAAAAGUGGCUGCUGAGCAAUUUAUCAGUACAUGCUGCUCAAACUUUGCAAUAUUGAGAAGCAGCAUAAUAGUUGGGCCACAAACAAUCUCACCAGUCCCAAAGUCACUCCCUAUUCAGUGGAUGGAUGGGGUCCUUACCAAGGGUGAGCCAAUUGAAUUUUUCCACGAUGAGUAUCGUUGUCCUGUCUAUGUGAAGGACCUGGUGACCAUUAUACAAGCUUUGACUACCAGAUGGAUAUCAGAGGGUAAACCAAUGCAUUUGCUCCUGAAUGUUGGUGGCCCAGAUAGGGUAUCGCGAGUUCAAAUGGCUGAGGCAGUUGCUCAUGUCAGAGGUUAUAAAGCUGCAUUAAUCAAGCCGGUCUCUGCAUCAUCGGUUGAUCGUGGUGUCAAGUCCCCAUCAGAUAUAUCAAUGGACACUAGUAAACUCAUUCAGACGCUGGGUAUAAAGCCUACUAACUUUAUUGAUGGUGUCCGAUUGACCCUUGAAUGCUGAACUUAAUCCAAAUUAUUUUGACUCAUUUCCUAAAUAUUGAUCAAUGCUUUUUAUUGGCCCUCUUCGGAGGAACUUAGGUACAAAAUAAGUUUUUUUUUUUUUUUAAAAUUAUUUCCCCAGUUCUUCUGGUUGCUGUAACUGUAAGCCUGUGACCAAACCAUAUGCUUUUGGUACAAAAAGGAGCCUAAAAUUUUGGUACAAAAAGGUAAAGAGAUAAAACGUCAAUUUUUUGCAUAUGCCUUUUUGUUUGGUGCCAUGGGCGUCCAUGCUCUUCUAUUUAACACGGAUUUACGCGGAGAAUCGAAUUUGAUGCUUCUUUACUUGUCUGACUGGUUCAGAUUUUCAUAGUAAAGUUUGGUCUUGUAAUCCUAAAUUCCAUUCAUGUGCUGAUGUCUCAAUUCUGGGAAUUAUUCUUCUUCUGGAAUGACUUCUCUUUCCGGGCAGAGUUUCCAUGCCACCAAGAUGGAACAAUUCUACAUACUCAUAAUGGAAAUUUGAUUAGUCAUAUGAAAAGAAAGAGCUACUUUUCGUGUGUUGGUUGGGUGGUAGAUAGAUUACAAAAUACAUAACCAUUUGUAACACGACAUUAUAACAUAUUAAAUACUAUUUCUGUCUCUAAAAUAAUAGUCCACAGACAGAGAUAGUACCAUAAUUAACAAGUCAUGUGUGUAAUGUUUCGA